CUGUUCUGUCAGACUUGCUGCUCAUUCAGCGUUCACGCGUUGUGCGUAAACUUCGUCAUCACGUAGGGCUCGUUGAUUGGCUGACGUUUGUGCUUGUCUGCGGAUUCUGCUCUCCAUUGGACAGGGGGCGGUGUCAAACGUGACAGACAGUAGCUGUAAAAAGCUAAACGUUUUAGUUUGAUUUGGGAAGGUUAAGAUCAGCGUUGGUUAGAAGCAGGCCGCCAAACAGAGUGCUGGCACCGAAACACUGAACGCUAACCUUACAGGCUGCCUGCUUGUUCAUUUGCUAGCGUUAGAGUUCAGCGUGUUAGCUAUAGACACCGAAAAACCCCACCGCCACUGUUUUCCCCUCUCAGACUGAAGUCACUCUGAUACUGAGUUCACUUAAGCUUUUAUAUUCCUCCCUCGUGAAAUGGGCAGCACUGAUUUUGCUCCUGCCUCAGAGUUACCUUGAUACACUUGGAGGUGAACGCAUUUAAAAGUUCAGCAUUUUAUUAAAAUGACACUUAGCUGUUAUGUUACUGGUGCCGAAUGGAUGUUUGCCACCUGCUAACAUCGGCUACACUAUAACAGGUAUGUUUCUAAAGGCGCUGAGUAAAUACAUGACAAAUUAAUCGAUUUUUGGACGCAGUUUUCGGACAGACGGCUGGAAAUUCAGUCUUUGUUUUACCCUUCGUAAUACCCAGGGUUAUGUCUGAGACGUGCACGGGUCAGGUGAAAAAUAAAUGAGUAAAAAGAAAGAAAAUGUUACAAAUAAUUCAGAUUUAAUAGUAAGAAUAAUAAUUUAACGAUGUAAUCUGCAUGUAGCACGCACAGAAAUGAGUGAAUUAUCAGUUAUUUUCAUUAAUAAUUAAAACGUGUAUAAUAAGUCAUCUAGUCAAAAACAAACAGUCAAAUCAAACAUCUGGUGUGCUGUUGAAGUUAUCAUUUAUUUUUAUUAAACAACAUUUUUAGUUUUAAACUACAGCAUAUUAGCAAAUACAGAAAUACUCCCGUAAGUAUUACUUUGUUUUACUCGGCCACUGCUAUUAAACUGCAGGCCAAGUCUGACCAGGAUCACAAGGAAAUAAAGACUUGCAGUGACGCGUUUAAGAUCAGUCUUUACUCUGAGCAGUGUUUGCAUCUUUGCAUUUAUUUCAGCCUUGUGUGUCCCUGAUUAAAAACAGCCAGCAGUGUUAUCUGGAUAUUUCUGUUUGAAGAGGAACGUUUCCACUCACACUCUUCCCUGUGACCACACCCUGUAACCAGGACCCUCCUAAACUGCCUUUUGUAACGGACUCAUUGAAAAGACACACUUAUCUGUGGGAACCAGAGAUACUAGAGGUGGAGGUCCUUAGUGGGGGAGGAGUCAGCUGGGUCCAGUAAGAAAGGACACUGUUUAGUAUCAAGAGGCUAUAUGACCUCAGCAAAGCUCCUUACCAGGACGCAGCAGUCAGUCCCAGACACACAGCGCACACAAUAGCCUCUACAGUGCAGAAGCUCAGUGUGGAUCAUGGAGGAAGGACCUUACAAGUACAUCAGGGAUGGAAAUGGCAAAGUUAGCCGAGUCAUUCGAGUGGGAACCCGCAAGAGCCAGCUGGCUCGCAUCCAGACGGACAGCGUGGCCGAGACGUUGAAAGAGCUGUACCCUGACAUCCACUUAGAAAUCGUUGCCAUGUCAACAACAGGAGACAAAAUCCUCGAUACUGCUUUGUCAAAGAUUGGUGAGAAGAGCUUGUUCACCAAAGAGCUGGAGAAUGCACUGGAGAGGAAUGAGGUCGACCUGGUUGUUCACUCCCUCAAAGACCUUCCCACCACUCUGCCUCCGGGGUUCACCAUCGGAGCUGUGCUGAAGAGAGAAAACCCCCACGAUGCAGUGGUCCUCCAUCCGAGCCAUGCAGGGAAGACUCUGGACAUGCUGCCAGAGAACAGUGUGAUUGGCACCAGCUCGCUGCGCCGAGCUGCUCAGCUGAAGAAGAGGUUCCCCCACCUGGACUUCAAAGACAUCCGUGGGAACCUGAAUACACGGCUGAAGAAGCUGGAUGAGAAGAAUGACUUUGCCGCCAUUAUCCUGGCGGCUGCCGGCCUCAGAAGGAUGGGCUGGGAAAGCCGCAUCAGCCAGAUCCUGGAGCCCGACGACUGUAUGUAUGCUGUGGGACAGGGGGCCCUGGCAGUGGAGGUUCGGGCCAGAGAUGCAGACAUCCUAGAGAUGGUGUCCAUCCUUCAUGACCCUGACACUGUGCUGCGCUGCAUAGCUGAAAGAGCCUUCCUCAGACGCCUGGAGGGUGGCUGUAGUGUCCCAGUGGCUGUGCACACCCAAGUAAAGGACUCCCAGCUGUACCUGACGGGGGCGGUAUACAGUCUGGAUGGCUCAAACAGCCUGAAGGAAACCAUGCAGGUCAGCAUCGCUGUGGGGACCCAGAGCUCAGAAAAGGUGGACGAGCAGGUCCAGCGAGUGGGAGUCACGGCCAACAAGAUCCCAGGUAGCGUCCAGGACGAGGCCGAGAAGCUCGGCGUCGACCUGGCCGACUUACUGCUCAGCAAAGGAGCCAAGGAGAUCCUGACGGUGGCCCGGCAACUCAAUGACGUCAGAUAGGUCUUCCUGGCUGACAGCGGGGCUCCAGAGCAUGCAGGCAGUCGCAACCUGAGCUCCAUCUAAUGUUGGUCUGCUGACUGUUUGCUGCAUGAGGUCAGGACCUGUGGUCAGGGUUGUAGAAAGCUGCUAAACUGGCUGCUAUUAUCCGCUCACUGAGAGUCCCCGCUGUCUCGGUUCCUGUGCGUUCUCACGCAGAGAACCUCAUGGAACCUGAGCCACGUUCAGUAAGAAACACGCAGUGGCCUUCAGACGUUGUUGUCAACACUUAACAGCACCAGUGCUGGCUGAUAUCAGUCUGUCAGUACUGCCUUCGUCUAAUCAUUUGUUCCCAAAGCUCAGACCGUUUCAUCCACAUCUGCUGUCGUAACUCACACAGCAUCUUCUCGUUUCGACGGUGCCAAAGACGAGCGCUGUUCAUUAAGGCGGACUGUCUGCAAAAUUUCAGUUCACGCUUAUCUUCACUUUGGCACACCCAUUUGUUGCCAUCAUGAAAGAAGAGGUGACAUCCAGCUGUGGAGGUCUGCUUGCUUCCUCAUUAGCAGAGAGAGCAUAUUUGAUCCACACACUGGGCUUCAGGAGUGCGUUCUUUAACACUGGUAGUAAUGCACAUGUGGCGUGUGUGUGGGUUUUAAUAUGACUGCAGCUCCAGUGCCUGCACGUUUUCACUGUCCUGCUCUGAUUCUUAAAGCAUGCACUGUGGUCUUUUGUAGUGCUUUGCUGGCCACAGGGAUGCACUGAUAUCCAUACUGUACUCACUGAUGUGUGUCAGAGAUUGACAUUUCUGUUUUCUCACAUUAGUCGACGUUCAGUGAUGGUGUGAUGCGGAGCUGUAAGUUCAAGGAGAAUAACAAAACGACACAAAGGAAGCUUCCUGUAUGAGCUCUCAGACAGGCCAGUGCAUCCCUGCUGGAAGCCGAUGAUGGGGAUGAACUGUGAGCUUCAUUCCUGUGAGCGAUGCUUGAAGACUCCCCAAAGCUGGACACGCAUCAUCAACAAGAAAACACACGUGAUUAGAAAAGUUCCCAGUUUUUGUCAUGAUGAAGACUCAUGCUGUGGUGACGGCCUUCGUCCUGUUACGUUGUUCUGACUUUCUGGAUUUAGAUCAUUAUGUAAUAUUGACAGUAGAUUGAUUAUUAGAGCACCUCUGUUAUAUUUAUGGAGUCUGUAUGUCACGAUCACUUUAAGUAUCUGAAAGCUGAUGAGUUGGUUUGAAGGUUUUACUGAUCAGGACUCAUCAGCUCACAGACGUCAGGUUAGCGGCACAUAGAAGGUUUACGCUGCAACAUGCUGUACCCCCCCCCCCCUCCUCAUAUAUCACAAUGUGUUAAUGAUUUUUACUGUGAUUGUUUAAGUAUUAUCUCAUUUUGCCUACAAACUGCACACCUGCCUUACAUGCAGCAGUCUUCACUCUGCAUCAUAUAUCCAGUGUUCAUGGAAUUCAAUGUUCUUUUUCUAGGUUUUUGUUGCAUAUCUAAUUUAAACCUCCUGAGACAAUGAGAGGUCAUGUUAGCCAUAUUUGUUUUCAGCUUUAAUUUCUUUAUAACAUAGAAGACUGUUGUACUCAGUAAUUUUCCCACAGCGCCGACUGUUCAAAACAAAAGGUCGUCAUCAAGAAGCAAUAAAGUUACUGUGCUGUGAAAAAGUA